AUGGCCGACGAGUACCGCGAAGAACCUGCCGAGGAGCCGCAGCUCACGGCGAGCGGCGCCGACGUGGAAAUGGGUGACGAUGGAGCGGAAGCCCCCGAAAAUGCCGACUCGACCGAGCUGCCCUUUGCUGAAGGUGGCGACGAGGUACCCGAAAUCGAACAGCACAUCCAGUUCAUCGACUACCUCAAGAGCCCGAUGGUGACACUCCUGGUCGGCGAUGGGGAGAACUCUGCAAUUUUGACUGCACACCAAGCUCUUCUCGAGCAAAGCCCUUACUUUGCCGAGGCAUGCACCGCUUUCAACGAUGAUGGCAGCCCUCGACAAAUUGAGCUCAGCAACGAAGAGAUCGACGCCGUAGGCUGUUUCCUCGAGUACCUGUAUACCGGCGACUACUACCCCAAGAAGAUCCCGGGUACGCGUGAGCUCGAGCAUCAACCUGGCAUCCCUGCCGUAGACGAGUCGGGCGAUCAGCUGCUGAAGCAUGCGCGCGUCUACACACUGGCAGAGAAGUUUGGCGUGGACAAGCUCAGAAGCCUGGCGACCAGCAAGAUCCACUGCGUCAACUCGACCGCCAAGGGCGAGAUCGCGUACGCUCGUUAUGUCUACGCCUACACAGACAAGGACGACACGUCCAUUCGUGCCCCAGUGGCCAAUUUCUGGGCUACGCGCAGUCAUACUCUCAGGGCAGAGGCAGAAGAAGAGUUCCGAUCGAUAUGCUUGGAGUUCCCCCAAUUCGGUUACGAUGUGCUUACCCGUGUGCUGGACGAGAAGCUCAAGCGUCAGGGACAAGGAAAGCUAUUACCGUCCGCGUCGAGCGGUGGAUCAGGAAGAAAGCGGGCGCGACACAGCAACAUCUAA